CGCGAUAUAGCCACCAGCCUCAGCGGCGGCGGCCUCAGUAUCGCACCGAACGUCCGCCAGCGCGUACUUCCGUGCGCCCUCUCGCGAUCGCCCCGACUAGCGACUGACUGUGAGUGAGUGCGUGCAGUGAGUGCAAUGUGCUCGGCCGCAUGAGGAUCCUGCUGAGUGAGCUGGGACUGUCUGGCGCGUGCCUCGAACUGACCCUGGAGUCGAGCGCCGCCUCUCUGGAUCCUGAAAAGCCAGCGCCAGGUCAGCGCCCGCACGACGCCUCCUUCCAAUUCUGUGUUUAUUUUCGCUUUCGUUGUGUAGAACCUCUGGGUGCGUAGACUCUGUGUGGAACUGUCGUGACGAUGGCCAUCGGCUAGAAUGCGAGGUGCGUUGCUGACGCCCUCCAGCCAACAUUGUGGCCUUAGACAAUUUCUUACCACACGGCCGAGCGCCACUGAGCCGCGCUCGCCAAGCGCUUUCACGUCAAAUUCCUCCAGCAUGCUACUGCUGCAAACACACAGCAACUACGGUUCGUCCUUCACUGAUUUACCAAGCCUGUUGCCACAGUAUCAAGACGAUUCAGCUGAAAUCUUAGAAGAGAACUUGGACCCAUUUCCUGACGUCGAAUUCCAUGCGCCUAUUCCUUUUGAAAUUAAAGCACAACGUACUACUCCAGUAAGUGAGACCCCGUCGCCUACCUUGGGCCCAGCGCUGCCUAGUUUUGAAGAAACAUAUUCGGUUCGCUAUCCAAAACAAGAAAUGGCGGAAUUUGGUCUUAAAAUGGACGAAGACUGUUACAAUGUCAGUGCUUAUUCGCACCCUGGACAUGCAUCGACACAAUUAUUAUAUCAAUAUCAUCAGCCGACUUUACCUUAUGUUCCUUCACCAUAUUAUGCGCCAGCUCAGCCCUGUUCGCCGACAUUCGACACAGGUGGAGUUACUACUGCCCAGGAUUCUUAUUCUUUACCGCCUUUCCCAAGUUCAGUUGACUUACACAUAUCUACAGAACAAGCUAACAGGCAAAGAAGAUCAUCAUUGCCCGUUCAACGUUCUGAAUCUAACAGUUCCAACGAUAGUCCCAAACUGCAUGGAAGUCGAAUCCAUUGCAUGCAAGCUUCAGCGCCGAGUUCUGCGUCUAGUUCACCUGGAGGUGUACCACAAGACAAUAAUGCCUCUCGAGCUGCGCCACCAUCACCCAGCCAACUAUGUGCUGUAUGUGGAGAUACUGCAGCGUGCCAACAUUACGGCGUUCGAACCUGUGAAGGAUGUAAAGGAUUUUUCAAAAGAACUGUUCAGAAAGGAUCAAAGUACGUGUGCUUAGCAGAAAAGUCGUGUCCGGUAGAUAAAAGAAGAAGAAACAGAUGUCAGUUUUGUCGUUUUCAAAAAUGUCUUGCUGUUGGUAUGGUGAAAGAAGUAGUUAGAACAGAUUCUUUAAAGGGCAGACGAGGACGAUUGCCUUCAAAACCAAAAUGCCCUCAAGAAUCUCCACCUAGUCCACCAAUAUCACUUAUAACAGCACUAGUAAGAGCUCACGUAGACACAUCCCCUGACUUUGCUAAUCUUGAUUACUCCCAGUAUAGAGAACCAAAUCCAAUGGAACCUCCUAUUUCGGAUAUAGAAGUAAUCCAGCAAUUCUAUACUCUACUAUCCACAUCGAUCGAUAUGAUAAAAGUUUUUGCUGAAAAGGUGCCAGGCUAUGGCGAUUUGUGUCCAGAAGACAGAGAGCAAUUAUUUGCAUCAGCGCGACUUGAAUUAUUUGUGCUCCGUCUAGCCUAUCGCACUCGCCCUGAUGAUACUAAACUCACCUUCUGCAAUGGCUUGGUUCUCGACAAACGACAAUGUCAACGAUCUUUUGGGGACUGGUUACACGCUGUACUCGACUUCAGUAAUACUCUGCACUCUAUGGACAUUGAUAUAUCCACUUUCGCCUGUCUUUGUGCGUUGACAUUAAUUACAGAGAGACAUGGCUUAAAAGAGCCGCAUCGUGUUGAACAAUUGCAAAUGAAGAUAAUCGGAUGUCUUCGGUCUCACAUGCCAGGCGGGGGCGCGGCCAGUGCUGCCGGCGCGCCUCACUUCAGCCGCGUCCUUGGGGCUCUACCCGAACUGCGCUCGCUUUCCGUUCAGGGUCUUCAAAGAAUCUUCUACCUGAAGCUUGAAGACUUAGUGCCAGCGCCGCCGCUGAUUGAAAACAUGUUUCGCGCCAGUUUACCUUUCUAGGUGCUUCGUUAAAUACCCCAUUUUUAAUAUCCCGAGGACCACACCCGCCUUCGAAAAGCAUUCUCUACUAUCUAGAGCCGACUCCGUUUAUUUUUAUAAGUGUUUACUUAGAUUAAAAAUAUUUUUCUAGAUAAUAGUGAAGCUCUAUGGGACUCGAUCUCUACAGCAUCGGUUCUUGCUUGUUGUAUGUAUUAUAAAUUAUGAAUUAUAUUUAGUACGACAAACAAUUUUACCUAUUAAGUCCUAAUUUAUUGGACACCUACGAUUAAGCUUAAUUUAUUGUAAUUGUAUAUUGUGUGUGAUUCCGUUUUAUCUUAUGAAGGUAUCUACUUAGUAGUCUGCAUUUAAGUUACCGCUCGUAAUCAAUGGCAUCUCGUCGUACAAAUAUUCCUACGUUAUUUACUUGUGUAUUAUUAAUAAGAAAAAUCUAGUCACAAGACUUACAAAUGUUAAAAAUUUGGCUCGUUAACACCGAAUUUUAUAGAAAUUUAUUAGAAAUGAUUAAGGCAUUUGUUGAUAUCUAGGUAAGGACGUGUGAAAGAUAAGUUGAUAUGCCAGCUUUGCCGGUCCAGCCUUAAGCGUAUAUUACGCGAUGCUAUGAGGACAACGUUGGCCGAUUGUAGAUGGAAGUUACCUUUUAGGUUUAAAUCAUUUUAUAAUUAUUUCAUAGAAAAUAAAAUAAUGAAUUGUUAAAAUAAAAAUACAUAUAAGGUAAGAGAAAAAGUUCAGCAUUUCUAUUAUAGAGUCCUUAAAUUCCAACGUGUCUUAAAGAGUACCUUCCUAGAUAGAUAGCUUAUACAAUUCCUUACGUUACUUUUCGAACAAUUUGAACAGAAUUAUUAUUAGAAGUAGUCACUUUAAACAUAUCAAGGUAAGUGCAAUGUAGUUAUUUACCUACAUUGCUAGUAAAAGGAAACAGAAUUUUAGGAACCAAUUAUAAGUGUCCAAUAAUUUUCUGUAAGGACCAAUAUUUUGCAAAAAAAAAAAAUAAGAUUAAUAAAAAUUAUUAUCGAAUAUAAAAUAAGGAUAUGAAAUCCCAUUUAUCAUUAUUUAUCUUAUUAAAAAAACUUAACAUCGUAUUCUAGAUUACAUUGGUUUGAAACCAUGUUCUGAAUUUAUAAAUUAAAACGAUUAGAGAAAUAUUUGAAUGGGAAUAAUAUAUAAGAUAACGUGGGUUUGACCUUCUUAGCAUAAAACGAUAAAAGUGAUAAUAUACUUUAUACAUAUAUAUAUUUUACAAAUUACAAUCAUUACGUGCUGAACUUUGGCUCGAAAACCAGCUCCUUGAUAUGUGUUAGUUAAUUUUAUAAAUAUUUUGUAAGAAUAAUUAACAAAUUAUCUCCUUAUUUAAAUAUUGUGACGCGAUUUAUAUUUCUGUAAAACAAACACCGUACGGGUCAGAUGCCUACCUACUUAUUUUUACCUAAGAAUAAUAUAUUAUAAAAAUAAAGUCAAUAAACACAUUUAGUGAGUAAGCUUACACGCUUGCUAGAUAGUUGCCGGAUGAACCUUUCCUAGCUUUUGCAAUGAACUUGGUUGUGCUUUCAUAUCAUUACUGAAGAAUAUUAAUGUAGCAAUAAGUUGUCUUAAAAUAAAUCAUUUAAAUAUAAUUAAAUACCUUUGUAAUCAUGUACACAUGAUCGAUUAGCUGAAAACACAUUCCAGAUCAUCAAAAGUAUAAACCGCAUCAUCACGAAAGGAUACUAACAUUUUGAUGUCUAGUAAAUAAACAACUUAUUAUAAAAUUUUUGUUAUGUCACAAGUAGGUAAGCUCUGAAUUUUUAAACAAUAUUAUAUAUCGCAUAAUUUCUCGUUAAAUAUCAUUGUCCAGUCCGUACAUUUUGUGAACUUAUGACUUAUUUGCAUUUCUUUUUUUUCUUAAUGUAGAUGGAUGUGCUUUUCUAAUGUUAUACUUUAUUUGUAAAUAUUUCGUCACAAUUAAAUUAUAUAAACGCAUUAGCGUUAUGUA